GAGGCCUCGCACACCACCGUGACAGCACUCCCUACGUCUCAUCACACCGAAAGUGCAGCCACCUCUCCGAAUGCCACAUCCGAGGCCUCGCACAUCAGCGUGACAGCACUCCCUACGUCUCAUCACACCGAAAGUGCAGUCACCUCUCCGAAUGCCACAUCCGAGGCCUCGCACACCACCGUGACAGCACUCCCUACGUCUCAUCACACCGAAAGUGCAGCUAACUUUCCAAAUGCCACAUCAGAGGCCUCGCAUACCACCGUGACAGCACUCCCUACUUCUAACGACAUGACAAAUAACACCAACUCUCCGAAUACCACAUCUGCGGGACCCACCACUGUGACUGCAAUCCCUAUCUCCAACCACACGGAAAGUACCGCCACUCAUUCCAGUAUGUCAUCAGAGAUACCCAUCAGCAAGGCAUCAACGUCCUCCUCCAGUCCCCCACCAAGCACAUCCACUCCUUUUGCACUGACUUCCAAGGAAUACACUUCUGUGACUUCCACUUUCAUCUCUAAGAAAUCCACCACCACUUCUGAACCAACCUCCACCUCCCAUCAUGCAGUGGUUCCUUCUGUUCCUUCCAAGAGUACCACAGUGGGGACAACUUCGUUUUCUGAGUCAACCAAAACAGUAUUUCUACCUUCUAGCUCUUCUACCAUUAACAGCUCCACCACGUCGAGAGCCAUGUCCCCGGCCAUCCAAACCAGCCACUUGCCAUCCACUUCUCAUGGAAAUAUAACAGUCUCCACCUCGUCCCCUUCCACAACUGUUUCUCCAAGCACCUCCACGAAGCAGAGCUCCACUCCUCCUGCUUCCUCGACCACAGCGCCCCCUUGGUGCAAGAACGGGGUCCCUGUCGGGGAUCACUGCCAGUGCUUCACCCCUUACACUGGACAGCACUGCGAGCAGGUGCAGAAUACAUUCCCCUUAGUGCACGUGAAUGUCACGGUCAACGUCAACAUAACUGUGGAAAACUGGAAAUAUGAUCCCAGUAUGUCGGAUCACGGGUCCCCUGCCUUCAAACAUUUUGUGAACAUAUUUGAGAAAGAGAUGAAAAAGUUCUACGAAGACGUCAUUGGGUACCUGAACGUCAAGGUGAUUUCUCUGAGUCCGGGCAGCAUCAUUGUGAAUCACGUGGUGAACCUGAGCCUGCCUGCCUCCGGAUUCAACACCUCUUACGAGCAAUCCCUUGCGCAGAUCAAGGAGCAGCUGGACACCAAUAAAUGCACCUGCCCACCAUGUCCAAAGGAUCCAGCUUCUGCCUCCAAUUCUUGCCUCAGCUGGAACAAGUUCAUUGUGACUCCAAACAAGCCGAACCUGACAGAUGUGUGCUACGUGAAGGACGAACAGCUUAAGGCCUAUUACGUGGCAGCCUUUGUGGACACCAGCGUCCAGUGCAUCUCCCCCUGCAACAGCCUGCACCCACACCACUUCCAGUGUGGGGAGGGCGCCUGCCAGAUGCAGCCCAAGGGGCCCACCUGCUUCUGCCCCCAGUCGGGCUCCUACUGGUUCUCCGGUCCGCACUGCGAGCAGCGGGUCAGCAAGGUGGGCCUGGCGGUGGGGGUGGCGCUGGGCCUGGCACUGCUGCUCCUCCUCCUCCUGGCCUUGGCCGCCCUCCUUUGCUGGCGCCGAUGGAGGUCCCCUGGCGAGAAGGGUCAACGGCUAGGGAAGUCGCCCGCGGAUGAGGAGGCCUGGUACGAGAACAGCCCCGAAUGGAGGCCCCCCGAGACGGCUCCCACCCAAAGCCCUGCCUCCGACAGCCCCAAUGACUCAGAGCCCUCUCGCAGCGAGGCAGGGAGCUCACCCCCAGAAGAAGGGCCGGAGAGAGGCACCUUCCGGCCCCGGCUGGACAAAGUGGACACUUCUCUGCAGGUAAGGGGAGCGGCUGGGAGGGAAGGAGUCCCUGGGGGGACCAAAAAAAAUUUCGUUGCAAAAAAUCCCCAAGACCCCGUGGCCCGUUCACACAAAACAUUUAUACUCUCGGCUUACACUCAAAUCAUUCUCAAGGCAUGA